GAGAGAAUACGUUUAUCACAAUUUUACGAUAUUCUGCAUAAAUCUCUCCGCAGCGUCUGCUGUAUUUCCUCUCUCUCUCUCUCUCUCUCUGGAGAAGACAAACACUUGCUGACAGAAAAUUUUCUGCUCGUCACUUCAGCAUUGCAGAAGCUUCAUAUUUGGAGGUUUCUGUUUGGAUCGGUUUCCAGAUCUCACGCUAUUAGGAGCUGCUAUAGUCACUGCCUUUUUAAUGAGUGGUUGAUUAUGUGUUUUAGUUUCUAUUAAAGCAUAAAGCAAGUAGAACUCUCCUUUUCCAGUCACGGUCGAGAUCAGAGUGUUAGGUUUCAGCAACCGUGAAUUAUUGAAAACUUUGCAAAUUAGCUCAAAUCAGCUCAAUAUGCACGAUCGUGGAUUUUCGAUUUUGCUAUGGUUUGGGGUUGUGCUUCUGAUAAAUUGCUUGGUAUCAUCUGUUUACGCGGAUGGGGUGACUUGCUCGGGAAUUGUACCGAUGAAGCAUCGCGAUGAGAACAUAUCCAUAGCCGAUUUUGGAGGUGUGGGUGAUGGAGUGACUCUGAACACCAAAGCCUUUAGGGAAGCUAUAUACAGAAUUAGGCAUUUAAACAGGACUGGUGGUGCGCUUCUCUACAUUCCUUCUGGAGAGUACUUAACUGGACCAUUUAAUCUCACCAGCCGGAUGACUCUAUACUUGGCAAGAGGUGCUGUCCUCAAAGCCACAGUGGAUACUAACCGGUGGCCCUUAAUAGCUCCCUUGCCUUCUUAUGGUAGAGGGAGAGAACGGCUUGGAGGAAGGUAUAUGAGCUUCGUCCAUGGGGAUGGACUCCAUGAUGUGAUAAUAACAGGUGAAAAUGGGACGAUUGAAGGUCAAGGUGACAUUUGGUGGAACAUGUGGAGGCAAAGAACUCUUCAGUAUACCAGACCCAACCUAGUUGAAUUGAAGAACUCCAGAGACAUAAUAAUUUCCAAUGUAACUUUCAAGAACUCGCCAUUUUGGAACAUACACCCUGUGUAUUGCAGCAACGUUGUCUUCAAUUAUUUGACCAUAGUGGCUCCUGCUGAUUCGCCAAACACUGAUGGAAUAGAUCCAGACUCGAGCACUGAUGUAUGCAUUGAGGAUACCUACAUAUCAACGGGAGAUGACCUGGUGGCUGUGAAGAGUGGGUGGGAUGAGUAUGGAAUCUCUUAUGGCCGCCCUAGUCGUGGUAUAACCAUUAGACGGGUAUCUGGAUCAUCACCAUUUGCUGGAAUUGCAGUUGGAAGCGAAACAUCUGGAGGCGUUGAGGAUAUUCUAGCUGAGCACAUAACCCUAUCUAACAUGGGUGUUGGCAUCCAUUUGAAGACCAAUAUCGGGAGGGGUGGAGUCAUAAGAAACAUUACAGUAUCCAAUGUAUACAUGUACAAAGCACGAAAGGGGAUAAAGAUCUCAGGUGAUGUUGGCGACCAUCCAGAUGAAAAAUAUAAUCCGAAUGCUCUCCCAGUUCUCAAAGAUGUUACAAUCAAGGAUGUGUGGGGCGAACGUGUACAGCAACCUGGUCUGGUUCAUGGUCUGAAAAAUGCGCCAUUCACUGGGAUUUGUCUCUCCAAUAUUAGUUUCAGUGGUGCCCCAGGAAUGAGAAAUUCGCCUUGGCAGUGCUCUGAUGUAAGUGGAGGUGCGGUUCAAGUCAGCCCGUUGCCAUGCUCGGAACUGACGAGUAGUCAGCAGGCAGGGGAGUGCGCUUCUUCCUUCGCAAAGUGGUGAAGUGUGUGCUUGCAAAGUACUUAAUAUAGUGAUCAAUGAUUUGUAAGUGAAAGCGUUUGUAAUCUCUAAAACGGAAGAACUGUGAAGAAAUUCGAUAUGAAAAUCCCAGAUUGAUUAUGUA